GUCCAGGACCCGACCCGAGCAGACCGGAACGGAUUGCUCGCAGAGAGUGUUCAGCUGCAGUGCUUAGUUCUUUGGCAGAUUGCGCUUACGGCGCCGUUCGACGAGUUGGCGAGGACCUAUCCAUCGAUAACUAAUCGGUUGUCAUGCUCUGGAAUGGAUGCAACCAGGUACGCGGAGCUUCUACUCAGCGGUUGGAAUCUCACCUGAAAGGAGAGUAAGAUAUGGAAGGAAUUCCAUGUCUCACUCAAUAUUGUCUCAUUCCUAUGUUCUUACGUUCCUGAUGACAUUUCGUACGACAGAAGGCCUCCGAAGGCCUCUGAACCGGUACAUGUUGACUUUCAGGCACCAGACCGCCGCAGUUCACAGGUACUAUGUACUAUGGAAGUUAUCCAGUACUAUUCUACGGCUGCACAAGAUCGAUCCGAUCCGAUUCUCAGCUGCCCACCUUCGCCGCGCAUCGAUGUGCCCCCUCCCUCCCAAGACAGGACCGUCGACUGGAUUGGCCGGACAUUCCAUCCGUCAGGCAACACGAAACUCGGGAAUCUUCGAGCGCGCCGAAUCAACUCAUCGCAUCGGCAAAACGUCAAUCGGGAACUCCAAUGCGCCGCCUCCCCCCGGCCCUCCUCCUCCUGAGUCGAAUCAAAACUACCCGGACCAGAUGGCAGAUGCUAGAGCAAAGGACUCUUCCCCCGACGUAGAGUACGUCGACUGCGCCUUCCCAUACGGUACGGCGGAAGGGGGGAGAGACGGGGAGUGUGAGCUGUACUCUACAGUACAUACUUGCGACCCGCCGACACUCUGGAGCCGAGCAUUCCAGCUGAUGCCUGUUGAUGGCGCGGAUUGUCGGAAAGGGGGGGAGGGGUGAGGGACUGGGUCCAGUGGAACCGUGAACGUGCGGUGCGGUGUACGGUGUG